AUGAAGUUCUUUGGCGGGAGCAAGAAACCUGCCUCUUCGACGUCGUCGCCGUCGUCGUCGACCAAAAAGCACGCCUCCAGCUCCAGCAUUGACGAUCGCGACGACCCUCGCCACUCGCACUCGGAACCUUCGCCGCCCUCCCAUCGAGACUCGAGAGAAGCAAAGCCGCCCUCGUCGCCCCGUCACUCGAGGCUCUCGCGCCAUUCCACUGAGCCGCCCUCAUCCUCUUCGCGACGCAACAAAUUCGACGCCGACACUCAUCCCCUCAAUUUGCCACCCGAGGAGCGCAAGCGGCUCUCUGCCCUGUCCCAGUCCGCCAUGAGCGGCCGCAACUCGAUGGAGAUUGACGGCGAGCCCGCCAAUGGCGCCUCGUCGCCGCCUCCGAAUUCCUCGGCCCAGACAAAUUUUUCAGUGCCCAUUUCGAAUGGCUCCAACCACGAAGAGGCUCCUGCGCCCCCUCCUCACAAGUCCAACCCGUCCAGCCCUGUGCCGACUCCGCAGGAUGACGCCGAAGCCUACAAGGCUGCCGGGAACCGCUUCUUCAAGGACAAGAACUUUUCAAAGGCCAUUGAGCAAUAUUCAAAGGCCGUUGACUUGUUCCCUGAGUCGAGCACCUACCUGGGCAACCGCGCUGCUGCCUACAUGUCGAAUGGCCAGUACGAGGCUGCGCUCGAUGAUUGUUUGCGUUCCGCCGAUCUCGAUCCUCAAAACCCCAAGAUCCUGCUGCGACUUGCUCGUAUCUACACGGGCCUGGGAAGGCCAGAAGAGGCCAUGACCACCUUUGGACGCAUCAACCCGCCACCCUCCGCCAAGGACACGGCACCGACCAAAGAGAUGCUGCACCACAUCAACUCGGCCAAGGAGACCCUGAGCCGGGGCACUGCAGUGUCCAUGGUGCUCCACGCCCUGGAUCAGGCCGAGCGCGGACUUGGGCCGGGCGUGGGCAAGCCUCGCAAAUGGCAGCUCAUGCGCGGAGAAGCGUACCUGACUAUCGGGCGGGAGAACUCGCUCGGUGAGGCGCAGAACAUUGCCAUGUCGUUGCUGCGGAACAACAGCCAAGAUCCCGAGGCCUUGGUCUUGCGCGGACGCGUUCUCUACGGCCAAGGGGAAAACGAAAAGGCUGUUCAGUCCCUCCGCAUGGCCCUCAACUGUGAUCCCGACUUCCGCGACGCUGUCAAGUGGCUGAGGAUAGUGCAGAAGCUCGAGCGCAUGAAGGAAGAGGGCAACGUUGAGUUCAAAGCUGGACGGCUGCAAUCGGCCAUCAACAAAUACACAGAGGCGCUCGACGUCGACGCCUCCAACCGCAGCAUGAAUGCAAAGCUGCUGCAGAACAGGGCACAGUGCAAGAUAAAGCUCAAGCAAUACGACGGGGCCAUUGCCGACGCAGAUCGGGCAGUGAGCCUGGACCCCAGCUACAACAAGGCUCGGAAGACAAAGGCCAACGCGCUGGGCCAGUCGGGCAAAUGGGAAGAUGCCGUCCGUGAAUGGAAGUCAAUCCAGGAGCUUGACCCAGAGGACCGUACCAUACCAAGGGAGAUUCGCAAGGCGGAGCUCGAAUUUAAGAAGAGCCAGAGGAAGGAUUAUUACAAGAUCAUGGCCGUGGAAAAAGACGCCAGCGCCGACGACAUCAAGAAGGCUUACCGCAAGCUGGCCGUCAAGCUCCACCCCGACAAGAAUCCCGGGGACGAGGUGGCCGAGGCCAAGUUCAAGGACUUGCAAGAAGCCUAUGAAACUCUGAGCGACCCCCAAAAGAAGGCUGCCUACGACAACGGGGACGACUUGAUGGACCCGUCGGACAUGUUUGGUGGCGGCAUGGGCAGCAACAUGGGCGGCAUGGGUGGCAUCGACCCGGAGAUCCUCUUUAGCAUGAUGGGCAACCAGGGCGGAUUUGGCGGCGGCGGUUUCCGGACAGCCGGUGGAUUCCCUGGAGGCGCUGGCGGAUUCCCCGGCGGAGCGGCGGCAUGGGAGGCGGAGGACACUCAAGGGGGAGAGAAAAUGACGGCUGGCGCGGCGCGGCGCGGCCAUGGCCAGGGACGCCGCGAGCCGCGCGAGGAGACGCUCGAAGCCGCGCGGCGCUACUGCAUGGGCCUAUUGGCUGCCGCCGUGCUCCUGCCGCCGCACCUGGUGGUGCUGGGUGUCAUCGCCUCGGCUCUGGUAUAUGUGUUGAAGAACGUGUACGUUGGGCGGCGACCAGGGGGGGUCGCCAAGGGAACUGGAUAG